AUGUGUCCAGCACAAGAAGCAGCACCAGCACCACACAAGUGCCAGUACCGCCCAGGCACGAGCACAGGCACCAGCACCACUACCAGCAACACCACCAUCACCUGUACCAGCCUAAGCAGCAGGACGGCAACAAGAGCCAGCGCCAGCAUCAACUCCAGCACAGGCACUGGGUCAAGCACAAGCACGAGCACCACCACCAGCAUCAGCACCACAACCAGCACCAACACCAGCACAAGCACCAGCUUAAGAAUCAGAACAGGAACAAUGGCCAGUAUCAGCAAAAGCAACGGCACAGGCACCAGCACCAGCACCAGCACCAGCACCAACACCAGCAGCAGCACUGGUACAAGCACCAGCACAAGAACAAGCACCUGCACCAGCAGCAGCUCCAGCACUAGUACAGGCACCACCACAGGCACCAGCACGGGAACCAGCACCAACACCAGCACCAGCACCAGCCUAAGCACCAGGACAGGCACAAGUGCCAGCACCAGCACCAGCACUAACACCAGCACCAGCACAAGAACUUGCAAUAGUACAAGAGGCGGCACUUGCCCUAGUUUCUGCACAAACACCGGUACGAGUACGAGCACUAGCACAAGCACAAACACAAGCACAAGCUCCAGCACCACCACCAGUACAAGCACCAGCCUAAGCACCAGAACGGGGACCAGGGCCAGCAUCAGCAAAAGCAGCGGCACAGCCACCAGCACCAGUACCAACACCAGCACCAUCACCAGCAGUAGCACCAGCCUAAGCACUAACACCAUUACAUGCUCUAGCACUGGUACAGGCACCAGCACAAGCACCAGCACCACUACCAGCACCACCAGUAGCACCAGUAUCAACCUAAGCACCACGACAGGAACAAGAGCCAGCACCAGCCCCAACACCAGCACAGGCACUGGAUCAAGCACAAGCACAACCACCAGUAUCAGAACCAGCACCACCACCAGCCCUAAAACCAACCACUAGGAUAGGCACAAGCGCCAGAACAAGAACCAAGACCAGAGCAAGCACAGGUUCAAGCACAAACACCAGUAUCAAUACCUCAACCAGCACCGGCUCCAGCAUUAGCACCAGCACCAGCACGAGCAUCAUCACCAGGACAACCACUUGCACUAUUACAAGAGCUGGCAAUUGCUCAAGCUCCAGCACAAACAGAUAAGAGUACUAGCACAAGCAAAAGCACAAGUUCCAGUACUAGCACCAGCACCAGUACCAGCACCAGCUCCAGCCUAAGCACUAGCACCAGAACCAGCUCCAGCACUAGUACAGGCACCAGCACAAGCGCCAGCAUCGGCCCAAGCACCGGUCCAAGCACAAGCGCCAGCACCAGCACCGACACCUGCACCACCACAGCACCACCAUCAGCACCAGCACCAGCCUAAGCAUCAGGACAGGCACAAGCGCCAGCAUCAGCAAAAGCAACGGCACAGGCACCAGCACCAACACCAGCCCCAACACCAGCACCACCACUAGUACAAGCACCAGCACAAGAACAAACACAAGCACCAGCACCAGCACCUGCAGUAGCACCAGCCUAAGCACUAACACCAACACAUGCUCCUGCACUGGUACAGGCAACAGCACAAGCGCCAGUACCGCCCAGGCACGAGCGCAAGCACCAGCACCACUACUAGCACCACCACCAGCACCAGUACCAGCCGAAAUACCAGCACAGGAACAAGAGCAAGCACCAGCCCCAACACCAGCACAGGCACUGGGUCAAGCACAAGCACCAGCACCACCACAGCACCAGCAACAGAACCAGAACCACCACCAACACUAGCACCAGCCUAACCACCAGGAGAGGCACAAGCACCAGCAUCAGCAAAAGCAACGGUACAGGCACCUGCACCAGCAUCAGCACCAGCACCAGCACCAGCACCAGCUCCAUUACCAGCACCAGCUAAAGCUCCAGCAAUAGUACAGGAACCAGCACGAGCGAUGGCUAGGCCCAGGCACCAGAAUAAGCACCAAUACCAGCAAAAUCAAUGUGUCCAGCACAAGAAGCAGCACCAGCACCAGUACAACCACCUAAAUAAGCACAAGCACGAGAACAUGCACAAGCACCAGCACCAGCGCCAAUACCACCACAACCUUCAGCACAGGCACCAGCACCAGCACUAGCACCAACACCAACACCAGCAACUGCACAAGAACCAGCACCAACACCAGCACAAGCAACAGCCUAAGAACCGGGACAGGCACAAGCACCAGCACCAGAACUAACACCAGCACCAGCAUAGGCACCAGCACCAGCACCAGUUUCAGCACCAGUUUUAGCACAAGUGCCAGUACCGCCCAGGCACGAGCACAGGCACCAGCACCACUACCAGCAACACCACCAUCACCUGUACCAGCCUAAGCACCAGGACGGCAACAAGAGCCAGCGCCAGCACCAACUCCAGCACAGGCACUGGGUCAAGCACAAGCACCAGCACCACCACCAGCAUCAGCACCACAACCAGCACCAACACCAGCACAAGCACCAGCUUAAGAAUCAGAACAGGAACAAUGGCCAGCAUCAGCAAAAGCAACGGCACAGGCACCAGCACCAGCACCAACACCAGCACCACCAUCAUCACCAGCACUUGGCACCAGGUGAGGCACAAGCAGCAGCACCAGUACCAGCAUCAGUACCAGCACCAACACCAACACAGCACCAGCACAGGCAUCAGCACCAGCAAGAGCACAAGCACUGGCAUUGGCUCAAGCACCAACACCAACACCAGCACCAGCACUAGAAUAAAUAUAAUGAAUUAAAAUGAGAAAAUUAUAAUAUAUAUAAUUAACAUAAACGAAAAGAAUUAAAUAUAUAUAAUGAAUUAAAAAGAA